UGUCAGACCCGCGUUACAGGGGAGUCCCUGAGGUUCUAGGAUCCGACAUGAGAGCUCUGGAGCUCAGCAGUGACAAAGAUGAGAUCUCCCUGUUGGUGGAGCAGGAGUUCUUGAACCUGACCAAAGAGCACAUCGUCCUGGUCACAGGAAGCUCAAGGGAGCUGGAGUCACCUGGCAGCUCCCCGGAGAGGCCUGAGCGCAAGCCAGUGCCCGGCCUUCUCACGCCUCCUCUGGUGACAGGCAGCAGGGAGCCCCUGCGAGCCUCUGUCAUUGCUGGUGACAAGCUUCUGGAGCCCAAGGUGGCUGUGUCCAUUAUCGGCAGCAGGCGGGACUGCGAUUCUUCCAUGACUACGGUCACGGGCAUCCUACGUGCUGCCAAAGCCAAGAGUGCCAAGGGGACAGAUGAUGGAGGCCACAGCCUGGGUACCUCCAACUCGGAGAUCAGCAAGAUCCUGGCCCAGUUCCCACUGAAGUCCAAAGAAACGCCCAAGGCCCCAGACAACAAGGUGGUGCUGGAGGAGACGCGUGUCAUCAAGGAUUUCCUGCAGAACAGCAUGUUCAGUGGCCCCCUACCCAAGGAGCCCACAGGGCUGGGCCCGCUCCUGCUGCUGCCUCCCCCGCCGCCGCCUGCACCCACUGACAAGCUCCUUGAGCUCCCUGUCCAGAAGAAGCAGCUCCCAGUGUUUGCCAAGAUCUGCUCCAAGCCUGAGGCAGACCCUGACCUGGAGGGGCACUACCUGAUGGAAUGGAACUCAGGCACCAAGGAGCCCACCAAGGGUCCAGAAAGGCUCUUUGUCACUCAGUGGCCCCAGAGCCAGAAAGACAUCUGUGAUGAAGAGGCUUGCAGUGACCCAGGGAGCUCCAUGUCCGUGGCCCUGCCAGUCAAGAAGUCCGCGUGGCCAACGGAGAAGACCCUGUUCUAUGAGUUCCUUGGGGCCACCAAGAACCCAAGCGGGCACUUGAAACUUCGCAGCAAAGAGGUGGAUGGGCUGGAGCUGAAAUUUAACCCACCUGGGACGAUGAUGGACAAGAACAACCUCAAGUACACAGGGAAUGUCUUCACUCCACGCUUUGCCACCACCUUGACCUCAGCAUCCCUGAACCAGCCACUCUGGCUGAACCUGAACUAUCCACCUCCACCAGCGUUCACAAAUCACUCCACCUUCCCACAGUAUCAGAGAACAGUUUCCUCACGUGGACUGAAGGCCUCCUGUCCUACCAUAGAGGGCCUGUACCCACAGCGGGCAGCCAGGAUGCCCUAUCAGCAGACCCUGCACCCCCAGCUGGGGUGUUAUCCUCGACAGGUGACACCAUACAAUCCACUGCAAAUGGGACAGCAGAUUUUCCGCUCUUCCUACACCCCCCUGCUGAGCUAUGUCCCCUUCGUCCAGCCCAACUAUUCAUACCCUCAGAGGACACCUCCAAAGCUGUCCUCCAACCCCCGAGACCCUUCCCCCAUGGCAGGAGAUGGGCCACAGUUCCUCUUUCCCCAGCCAUACGGGUUCAGCUCAUCGUCUGGUGGGCCCCUGCUGAACAGUCCCUAUUUUUCCUCCAGUGGGAAUGGCAUAAAUUUUUAGGUCUCCUUCUCUGUUCCCUCCUCCUACCUUAGCCCUCGGAUGAGGUCUAAGGGCUCUGGGAUUCUGGGAGCUGCAACAACUUGGUAGGAAGUUUGGAAAGCCAAGGUUUCGGCCAGAUCACAGACAGAAGACAGCAAGACCAGACUCAUUUCCUCACCAACACUCACACACACAGCACCCCCGGCUACAGCAGCAUGCUCACUUGCUCAAGUACUUCUGCACCUGUAUUUAGCUGACAUGAGUGAUUUUUGUUUUUGUUGUUGUUGGUAAAAUAGAAGUAAGACACUUAA